UUACAACUUGGCUGAGGUGUAUGGCAGUCGCCCUCAUGUUUGUGUCCCGCUCCCCCAAACCCGCGGCCGGUCCCGCCGCCGCCGCACUGACACUUCCCCGGCCCCGCGCCGCCUCCUCUCCCGCGCCCACGGAGGGAUGCGAGGAGACCCGCGCCCGCCGCCGCGCCGCCCGCAGCCCCUCGCUCUUCUCCCACCGUUCGAUGCCCCCGCUGCCGCUAUCUCCUCCGGUACACGGAUUGCUACACGGGUGCAAAAUGGAUUACAGCGACCCUCCCGGGCUUCUCCGCAGGCAGGCAAUGCCGCGAACUGGUCCGUGCCCACGGAUUAUCCAAAGGAACCUGAAGAUCCUACUCACACAGUUAAAGUCAAAAAUCAAGAAAAAACGUAAGUUUGGUGGCUGCGAGUGGCCUGGGCCGAGGACGUGAGGCGUGGGGCGGCGGUCAAUGUUAUUUGAGCGGGGGCCGCGGGCCUCGGCGAUCGCAGAGCAGAGGAUGCAGAAAGCCGCCUACUACGACAACGCGGGGCUCUUCGGGGGCUACACCUACAGCAAGGCCGACGCCUACCCCUACGGCGCGGCCCACCAGCCCUACGGCCAGGCCGGCCUGGACGGCGAGUACCCCGGCUCCGCCUGCUCCGUCCAGGGCUCGGCUCCCGGCCGCGCCCCGGCCCACAAAGGCAGCGAGCUGAGCGGGAGCUGCAUGCGGCCGGGCGGGGGCGGCCCCGGGGGCAGCCAGCCCCCGGGGAUCGGCGAGCAUCAGCCCCCGGCCCUGCCGCCCUCCUCCCCGCCCAACCCCCCUCCCAGUGUGCCCCCUCCGAAAAAAGCCAAGGGGGGGCCCAACUCCUCGGGCUCGGCCAGCGCCACCCUCAGCAAGCAGAUAUUUCCUUGGAUGAAGGAGUCCCGGCAGAACUCCAAGCAGAAAAGCACCUGCGCCCCCCCAGGAGAGAGCUGCGAGGACAAGAGUCCCCCCGGGCCGGCCUCCAAGAGGGUGCGAACAGCCUACACCAGCGCGCAGCUGGUGGAGCUGGAGAAGGAGUUCCACUUCAAUCGCUACCUGUGCCGGCCUCGCCGCGUGGAGAUGGCCAACCUCCUGAACCUGACCGAACGGCAGAUCAAGAUCUGGUUCCAGAACCGCCGGAUGAAGUACAAAAAGGACCAAAAAGCCAAAGGCAUCAUGCACUCCCCCGUCGGACAGUCCCCGGACCGCAGCCCCCCUCUAAGCGGCCCAAACCACGUCGGCUACUCCAGCCAGCUCCCCGGCGUCAACAGCCUCAGCUACGACGCGCCCUCGCCCACCUCGUUCGCCAAGUCCCAGCAGAGCAUGUACGGGCUGGCCGCCUACACGGCGCCGCUCAGCAGCUGCCUGCCGCAGCAGAAGCGCUACGCGGGCGCGGAGUACGACCCCCACCCCAUGCAGAGCGGCGGCGGCGGCUUCGCCAACCCCAGCCUGCAGGGCAGCCCCGUCUACGUGGGGGGCAACUUCGUGGACUCCAUGCCGGCCUCGGGCCCCAUGUUCAAUCUGGGGCACCUGCAGCACCCCUCCUCCGCCAGCGUGGACUACAGCUGCGCCGCCCAGAUCCCCGGCGGCCACCACCACGGACCUUGCGACCCCCACCCUACCUACACGGACCUUUCCUCUCACCACACCUCUCAGGGACGGAUGCAGGAGGCGCCCAAGCUCACGCAUCUGUAGCGGGGCGGCGGCCAGCGGGCCCCGCUCCCCUCUCCAUUACCUCACUUUUCUGACGGGACAGUGUUACUGUGCUCUCGAGUGCCAACAGUAUUAGUGGAUUUGUCUCCCUUAGCAGCUCCCUUCUUUCUUCCGCAGCCCCGAGUAGGUCCGUGAGCAGGAGCCUUUCUCUUAGAGCUGUUUUAAGCAUGACAGUGCAAUAUACUGCCAACCGAGGGACUGAUAAGCUGGUAAUGAUGUACUUGAAGGUAAGUCUUAGAGAUGCUGUAGUGUUAGCAGCGCGUCAUGCUGAGGUGUUUUAGACCAGUCGUGAGCCGUCGGAACUCGCCCGCGCGUAAGCUUAUUUCAGAGAAGUUAAUUUAUGAGUUCUUCCGUAACGUAAGGAUCGCAUUGGACUAAAUGAUAUGUAUUUAUUAUUUUAAGCGAGACAUUUUUUGUAUCACUGAUUAUUUAUCCUCGUCUUAAUGUAUUUAUGUGGGUAUUUGUAGAGUUUCUUCACCAAUACUUCGGGAGAGGGAUUCAGGUCCGUGGUGACUUACAUUUCACCUAUUUAGUAUAAUCGGUCUGAGCUAGUUGAGAGAGUAGUCUUGAACAGUUGUAACAGUGGCUGGUGUUUGUAGUUUAUGUAAGGAUUAAUUAAGACAGCAAGUCGUAAAUCAUUAAUAGAGUAAAACAAACUGUGGCAUCACACAAAGAGCCGUUACACUUUAAAAAAAUAUUGAAAGUAUUUUUAAAGUAUUUAUUUCUAAUCGGCUGGCCCCACUCGAGCGCCUCGGUGGCUUGGCCGGCAGCUGGCUCGGCCGCGUGAAGCCACCUUUAGAUGGAGGCGCAGCCGCUUUGAGGAGGCGAUCUACAAAGAGGGGCUCUUGGCCAUCUUGUUUCAGAUCAAAUCCUGCAUAUAAAAACCUCGGUGAGGUUAACAUUUAUUUAUUGGCUGGGUAUGUAUCGCGCAUAUUAUU